AGCCAGCACCAGUUCUGCUGCCUAAUCGUUGUGUGCGUUGAAAUUAGUGUAUGGAAGCAGUUGAUGAGUUGAAACGUUUGUGCCAGUGAAUUUCGAUAUAAUCGACAGUGUCAAAUUUAAAGGAAAUAUAAGAAAUAUAGUUAAAUAUAUACAAAAAUUGUAAAAUGUACGAUCCAAGAAACUAUUUUCCAAAGAAUUACCAUUCCACUGGAAUUGGUUUAGUAAAUUUAGCUGCUUUGGGCUAUAGUAAGAAUGAACAAAGUGAUGGUGAACCACCAAAGACUGGGCUGUAUCCGGCGCUGCCGUAUCCAACUGCACCACCAGAUCCAUACGCAGCUAGUCUGAGUUAUGGCAUGCCGAAGCCACCAACACAGAUGCCGGGUUUUCCAAGUUCAACACCGUAUCCGCCAUCAUCUCCGGCGCCAUAUCCACCAUCAUCUGCUGCACCAUAUCCUUCACGACAAUCGCUGUAUCCGACGUUAGGCCCGCAACCUUCACAAAAUGUGCCCUACCCCACUGGCAUGCCACAACCAUUUGCGCCAUACCCUAUGGCACCAUAUCCGUCAUCUGCGGCGCCAGCGCUGCCAUACCCAUCGAUGCCAAGUGGAAUGCCAUUGCCAUAUAGUGUGCCACCGCCAACAUCGCCAUCCAGCCUCUAUCCGACAAUACCAACGCUGCCAGAUGGUGCAAUGCCAACGUACGGUGGUGGUGGUGGUUGUAUUGUUAGUGAAUCAGCGAAUGAAAAGCUGCCAUCACCGGACGAGGAGCCCUCUGUGGGUGUGCCAGAGAUACCUUUCUCAGCUGUGAAGGUGCCUGAGAGUGAGAAUAUGUUUUGGAUGAAGGAGAAGACACGUGAAAUACGUUCACAAGAUGAUUCACACAUACCAUAUGCAACACUACGCAGCAGUUGCUUAGACAAUGGCACUCUUUUUGAAGACCCAGCGUUUCCAGCGAAUAAUGAUUCACUGAUGUUUUCACGUCGCCCCGAUCGGUACAUUGAAUGGUUGCGUCCACAUGAAAUUGCCGAUGAUCCUCAGUUCUUUGUUGAUGGUUAUUCACGUUUCGAUGUGCAGCAAGGUGAAUUGGGUGACUGUUGGCUAAUAGCAGCGGCGGCAAAUUUGACUUCGGAUCCGAACUUAUUCUUUCAUGUUGUACCGCCUGAUCAAAAUUUUGAGGAAAAUUAUGCUGGUAUAUUUCAUUUCUGUUUCUGGCAGUACGGUGAUUGGGUGGAAGUCGUAGUUGACGAUCGGCUGCCCACAUACCGGGGAGAGCUAAUAUAUAUGCACUCCACCGAGCGCAACGAAUUCUGGAGCGCAUUGUUAGAAAAAGCAUAUGCUAAAUUACAUGGUUCCUAUGAAGCUCUCAAAGGCGGUACUACUUGUGAAGCUAUGGAAGACUUCACGGGAGGUGUUACUGAAUGGUACGACUUGAAAGAAGCACCACCAAAUCUAUUUAACAUUCUCGACAAAGCAAUGAAUCGCAAUUCAUUGAUGGGCUGCUCAUUGGAACCCGAUCCAAAUGUGUUUGAGGCUGAAACUCCGCAAGGCCUAAUUCGUGGCCAUGCCUAUUCGAUAUCGCGAGUAUGCAUGAUUGACAUUCAUACGCCAAAUCGUCAGGGCAAGUUGCCAAUGAUACGCUUGCGCAAUCCAUGGGGCAAUGAAUCAGAAUGGAAUGGGCCAUUUAGUGAUAAUUCUCCGGAAUGGCGUUACAUACCUGAAUCACAGAAACAAGAGUUAGGCCUCACUUUCGAUGCAGAUGGAGAGUUUUGGAUGCCAUUCCAAGAGUUUCUCAACAAUUUUGAUCGUGUUGAGAUCUGUAAUUUGUCUCCGGAUUCAUUGACCGAAGAACAACAGAAUAAUGGCAAACGAAAGUGGGAGAUGAAAAAGUUUGAAGGCGAAUGGACGGCGAAUGUUACUGCGGGUGGCUGCCGUAAUUUCCUCGAGACAUUUUGGCAUAAUCCACAAUAUGUGAUCACUCUAAGCGACCCCGAUGAGGAUGACGAUGAUGGCAAGUGCACUGUUAUAGUAGCAUUAAUGCAGAAGAAUCGGCGUUCGAAACGUAAUCGUGGUAUGGAAUGCUUAACCAUCGGUUUUGCGAUUUACCACUUAACCGAUCGAGAUAUGGAGACCAAGCCACAAGGCUUAAAUUUCUUCAAAUACCGGGCUUCGGUUGCGCGUUCUCCGCAUUUUAUUAAUACGCGCGAAAUAUGCGCUCGUUUCAAGUUGCCACCAGGCAAUUACUUAAUUAUACCGUCAACCUUUGAUCCCAACGAAGAGGGUGAGUACAUUAUACGCGUCUUUUCUGAGACGGCGAAUACUAUGGAUGAGAAUGACGAUUCAGUUGGUUAUUGCGAUGUGGAUGAUCGGAUUAAACCAAAUAUACCGCCGCCAAGGGAAGAGGAUCCACAACGUGAGAAUCUACGUCGUCUUUUCAAGAGUAUUGCUGGUAGCGAUAUGGAGGUGGAUUGGAUGGAACUCAAACGUAUACUUGAUCACUCACUGCGAGAUGUUAUGAUCGAUGGAAAUACGUUUUCAAAGGAUGCUUGCCGGUCAAUGGUGGCGAUGAUGGACAAGGACCAAUCCGGAAAUUUGGGUUUCGAAGAAUUCGAAUCACUACUCUCUGACAUCGCCAAAUGGAAAGCAGUAUUUAAAUUCUACGAUCGCAAUCAUAGUGGAGAGAUAGAAAGUUUCCAAUUGCGUGACGCACUCAAUUCGGCCGGCUACCGUCUGAAUAAUCGUGUAUUAAAUGCACUUGGUCGCCGUUAUACGUCACGCGAGGGUAAAAUCACCUUCGAUGACUUCUUGAUGUGUGCAGUGAAGACGAAAUCGUACAUUGACAUAUUCCGCGAACGAGACACUGACGAAUUGAAUCGAGCUACAUUUAGUAUGGAUGAAUGGCUAGAACAAACCGCCUACUCGUAAGCGAGCGAAAGAAUGUCGGACUGGCUGCCGAGCUAAAACCGGUGUUGCUGUUUUUGCUUUGGGCGUUGUUGGUGCUUUGCCGGCGUACAGGUUGCUUAGAAAUUGCAAUUACUACCUUUACGAAUAUUAUUGUUGCAUUAAUAUAUAUAGUAUAUAUAACUAUUUUUUUUAUUUCAUCAAUUAACAAUACUUAAGUUCGUAUGAGUAAUGAAAUCGAAAGGAAAAAGGGGAAAAAUAGAAUGGAACAAAAAGCAAGUAUUCAAUGCUUUAUGCAUAAAUGUACAACAAAUAAUAAAUUACCUACAAAGCGAGUGCAAAUUUAAAGACUUUAAGUAAAACAAGAAGAUGUACAUGUAUACAUAUAAUAAAUAAAUCCAGUUUUCUUAUACAUGCCCACUAUGUCUACACACAUAUUACGUA